CAUUUUCAAUGUCUAAGGUAACAUCGAAAAUCACAUUUUUUUGCUUGAAUUGGGACAGUUUUGAUAGAGCUCACCUUGCACCCUCUACUGGAAUAAGCCCUCAAAAGGGAGAAAAUUAACAUGCCGCGAGAGUUCCUCUUGUUAGCCAACUCUAUUGAAUCUUGCAUGCAUCUACUACUGUUAAUGUGAUCACAUUAUUUUAGAACAAUGUUGAAUGGGCUGAAUCGAGAUAUUAAACUUGCAACUUGCUAAAGAAGAGUUUAAAAUUAACUACUGGGUGGACAUGAGAGUUAAAAUGUUUCAAGAAAGGUUCAUGAAUAGUGUUUAGGGGGUUGAUUGGCUAAUUAAUCAUGCAGUCAUUGAAGAUUUAUAAAAAUUACUGUUAAUUUUAUAAAUGAUGCUUGAAUGCAGUUGUGGUUGUACAUAAAAUGUUGCUAUGAUGCGAACUUAUCCGUUGUAGUACUAAAAGGAGAAAAGAAAAAAAAAAAAAGGGUCAAUGGAUGAGAUAGGAUUAAAUUGGAUUUUAAAAUUAUUAAUUAAAUAAAUGAAAAUUAAUUAUAACUUUGUUUAAAAAAUAAAAGACUAGAAAAAAACGAAAAAUUAACUAGCCAUUUUAAUCUUUAUCCGGUCUAAUCAAUUGGUAGGGUCCGAUUUUGAGAGAGGAGAACUAAUCGAAAACCCUCUCCUUGGUCUUGGUUCACCGUUGGAGGGCGGCGCGGUCAGCGAAAAUUAGAAGGCCACGCCAGCUGCCGGGAAACGAAACCAUGAUUCAUUCAUAUUGUUUUCUCCGUCCAUCACGUCACGUAUUUACUCCCAGGGCAUGCCCUUCUUAACCUCCCUUCGCUCUCUCUCUCUAAGAUUCUCUCUCCCUCCCAAGAAAUCUCUCCAUCCUCUCGCACUUUCACCAGCUGCCUCAGCUAUGGAGUUGCAACCGCCUUGUUUUCUGGUGAUAUGUGGAAAGUCAUCCAAGGAGAAGGAACUGGCUAGAUGUUUGAAGGACAAUCACGCUCUGAAGCUCCCCGGCGUUCCCGAGCUUUCGAUUCUUCUGCAUUCGGAGAGCGAAGAGCCCGUCGAAGAAGGCUGUUUUCGGAUCAGUUCAUUUUUCGAUUCGCUGGCAACUGCUCGUCUGGGGAGACUCCUGAUUUGGUCUCCGCGGCUGCCGUCGACUCACGACAUCGUUUCACAAAAUUUCUGCGAGCUUCCGAUAGGCGCGGCUUGUGUUGCUGAUGUUCAGUUCAAAGGGCGAGGUAGAUUGAAUAAUGUGUGGCAAUCUCCAAGGGGCUGCCUUACGUUUUCAUUUACAAUUCAAAUGGACGAUGGUAGAGUGGUGCCUCUUGUACAGUAUGUAGUGUCUCUAGCCGUGACAGAAGCAAUAAAGGAUGUUUGUCACAAGAACGGCAUACCAUAUCUUGAUGUUAGAAUAAAGUGGCCAAAUGAUCUGUAUUUGAAUGGCCUUAAAGUCGGAGGAAUUUUGUGCACAUCAACUUAUACAUCAAAGAAGUUUAAUGUCAGUGCUGGAAUAGGCUUGAAUAUUGACAAUGAGAAACCUACAACCUGCUUGAAUGAAGUACUGCAGAAAUUGACUUCUGUUGCAUAUCGACUACAAAAAGAAGAUGUUCUGGCAGCAUUCUUUAAUAAAUUUGAGAAAUUUUUUGAUCUUCUGAUCAACGAAGGUUUUCAACCUCUUGAGAAGCUAUACUAUGCAACAUGGCUACAUAGUGGGCAGAGAGUCAUUGUACAGGAAAAAGAUGGGGAGCAAUUUGUGGAAAAACCAGUUACUAUUCAGGGUUUAACGUCCUCAGGAUAUCUAUUAGCUGUUGGUGAAGACAGUCAAUUGUGUGAGCUACAUCCAGAUGGAAAUAGUUUUGACUACUUCAAAGGCCUAGUAAGGAGAAAAUUGACCUAAAGAAGAUUCCAGAGCAGUUCAGCAUCUUUUUCUGGAUCCAGAGCAGCUCAGCAGCUUUUUCUGGAGGCAACAAUCAUACUUCGUUGUGUAUAACCAAGGAUACUUUUUGUUUUUUGUCAUUUUUACUGAGAUAAAUUAUCCGUUUACUUUCUUGUUACAUUAUCUGUCAAAUUCAUAACUUAUGGUUAUCAUGC